UCUGCAGCAACUGUUACGUACCAUGGCAACUAAUGACAUCCCAUAUGAGCAGCCGGGCGUGGUGAAGCUGCCGCAGUGGGAGAAGGGCUGGCUGAGGGCAAAGGAUGAUGGGAAGGACCCACAGUUCCAUGUGAAGGGUGUCCACCCGAUGUUGUCGAAGCACCUGGAACAGCUGACAGGUGGCAGAUCUGGGCUGAAGUUCCUGUUUCCUCUGUGUGGAAAAGCUGUGGACAUGAAGUGGCUUGCUGACCAGGGACAUACCAUUGUUGGUGUGGAGGGAGUGGAGGAUGGUGUGCGCCAGUUUUUUCAGGAGUCUGACAUUCAGCCAACGAUAACUGAUGCACCUGCAGUGAAUGGGAAACUAUACCAGGGAAUGGAUGGCAGGAUCUCCAUCUAUAUCUGUGACUACUUCAACUUCAGCAGUGAGGUCAAGGGUCAGUUUGAUGCCAUCUGGGACAGGGGAGCGUUUGUGGCCAUCAACGAAGCUGAUCACGAAAAGUACAUCCAGCUGAUGAAGACCCUGCUGAAGCAUGAUGGGAGGUGUCUGAUGGAGGUCAUGAACUAUGAACCCAGCUUGUUCCCAGGUCCACCCCACCAUGUGCCAGAGGAUGAAUUAAAACAGCUUCUUGGAGGUGAUUAUAACAUGACCUUACUGGACACGGUGGAUCACACAGAAAGGCUGGGCAAACUGUGGAACCUUCCAUGGAUCAAAACACUCUACUUUCUCAUCAAGGCUUCAAACUGAGUCAGUGUAGACAGUGUGGCCAAGACUUCUCCAUUCCACUCAAUUUUAACAUAUAGCACAUAUAAUUUAACAAGUUAGAAUUUAGUGUUAGAAUUAGACUGGAGUAGUCACAUGUUAUAUUGGUAUCCAUUGUCCGUCCUUUUAUUUCAUUGUCAUAUUACAUGUACAUGUACCUGAAAUUAGCCUCUAGGCUAAAAUUUGCAAUGGAAACUUUCACUAUGAUAAGAAAAACCAUGUCUUAAGAGGAAUGACAAGUACAUGAAAUAAGCCAUUUGCAUACUUCUCAGGUAUUUCUGACGUCUACCUUCACCUAACCUGCACCGGCCCAUGUGCUACGUUUAUAUAUACAUGUAGGUGUAUGUGGAUUUUUAGUUGAUGCAUUGACUUUUACCUAUUGAGAAUAAAAUCAAUAAUGACCAUUUUACUGAACAGUUUUAGUAAGAUCCAUACUUCCAUAAAUCAGAGUGGUGCAGGUAAAAUUUUUCUGAUGCAGGUUAUCUUCAACGUUACCUGCACCCGGCACCUUGUCCAGUAUGCAGCAGUAUGCAAUAAAAGGCAUUUUAAGCA